UGUAAGCUGAUUUAAUAUAAUAUCCGUAAAUGCACAAUAACGUUGUUUUUACAAAUGGAACGACGCAACAAUAAUCCCGGUGCUGUGCAGUAUGGCAAUUUCAUGAAUUAUUAUCAAUUCACUUGUGCUGCGGACCGCUUGAAGCUAGUACCAGACUAUGUGUGGCUGCCCGAUGACAACAAAUUAACAGCUGAUGUAGCACCCUAUUUGUUGUUGGAUGUGGGCUGCAAUUGCGGUGUUCUGACACAAUUGUUGCAUAGCUUCGUGACACGAUGUGUGGGACGUGAAGUUCACGUUCUGGGUGUAGAUAUUGACCCGCUCUUGAUCGAGAGGGCCAAGCUAGAAAACACGUCCCCUGAACAAAUUAAAUACAACUGUGUGGAUGUCAUGGAUGAAAAUGCAUUUGAACAAGAAAUUGUUGGCUUCUUAAAACAAUACAACCGGAAAAAAUUCGAUGCCAUCUGUUGCUUCUCUAUAACCAUGUGGGUGCAUCUUAACCAUCACGAUACAGGCUUACAGCUUUUCCUGCGAAAACUGUCGCAGCUGGCCGAGCUUUUUGUGGUGGAGCCUCAGCCUUGGAAAUGCUACAUGGCCGCUGUUCGUCGGAUGAAUGCAGCUGAUGACGGAUUCCCAUUAUUUGCUCAGUUACAGUGGCGCAGGAACGUGGAUGAGUUGAUACAGGACUAUUUAACUUUAAUGUUGGACAGGAAACAAAUUUAUGAAUCUGCGCCAACCAAAUGGCAGCGAAGCAUUUUAUUUUAUAGAUGAAAUAAAAAAUACUGUUUAGUAAAAUUAA